CUAGGACUUGGAAGUCUUCAUUCUUGCCACCGGCUCUGAGAUGACGUGCUUUGUACUCGGAGGCUAGCUGCUUCUCCAGGUGUGUGUGUGUCCGUCCGUCCGCGCAGGUGCGUGUCACUGUGGUCACUAGAGUAGGGAGGAUCAGGGAUCAAUUCCAGAUUCUUCACUGCUUUCGUGUAAGUCAGUCCCACCUUCACCUUACCGGAAAGGUAGGUAGAGGGCUAUUACUGAUCCAAACGAUACCCAGAUGCCACCGCGUUGAGAUAAAGGUGCCUGCGGAUGGGGAUGCUCUGUACAGCUCCCACUCCUACCCGGAAGACCCAGGCGCCAAUGAGACUAGGUUUGCAAGCAAAGCCUCCUCCUCCUGAUGCUUAGGUCGCUUAGCAACGAAGGACCGGCUAGAAAGGAGCUGUGCUAACCCUCCACAGGCAGGCCUGGCAGGUGCACGACGCCAGCUCCCUUCUGGGGAGGGGGCGGCGGCCCGGGGGCUGCCAUGGCCUCCAACCACCUGUCAGUGCGGGAAAUGAGGGAAGAUGAGAAGCCCCUGGUGCUGGAGAUGCUGAAGGCUGGUGUAAAAGACACGGAAAACCGUGUGGCCCUCCACGUUCUUACACGUCCACCAGCCCUUCUCCUCCUGGCUGCAGCCAGCAGCGGCUUGCGCUUCGUCCUGGCCUCCUUCGCCCUGGCCCUCCUGCUGCCGGUGUUUCUGGCCGUGGCUGCCGUGAAGUUGGGCCUGCGAGCCCGAUGGGGCUCUCUGCCUCCGCCAGGCGGUCUGGGGGGACCCUGGGUGGCUGUCCGCGGCUCAGGCGAUGUGUGUGGGGUCCUGGCUCUGGCCCCUGGUGCCAAUGUGAGGGACGGAGCCUGAGUCACCCGCCUCUUGGUCUCUCGGUGGCACCGUCGCAGGGGCGUAGGCAGGAGACUGCUGGCCUUUGCUGAGUCCCGAGCUCAAGCCUGGGCUGGGAGUGUGGGGGAGCCUCGUGCCCGGCUCGUGGUCCCAGUGGCUGUGGCUGCUUUGGGGGUGGCAGGGUUAUUGGAGGCCUGUGGUUACCAGGCAGAGGGAGGUUGGGGCUGCAUGGGCUAUAUGCUGGUUAGAGAAUUCAGCAAGGAUCUGUGAUUAUAGACCAUGCCCACUGGGGAGAUGGGCGUGAAACCGGCACCUAAAGAGCACCUACUGUGUGCCAGGCACUUUCCAUCCCUUCCCUCAGUGAAGAACUGAGGUUGCUGGAUGCACAUGGCCCGCAGUGGACCUGCCAGGUGCAGUAGGGUCUCUUCUUGGUAGACCCCAGGGACCGCUAGCGGUCACCCUGUCCACUCUUUGCCCCCUAGUCUGUAUACAUUGAAAAAACAAACAAACCUCUGGUUCUACAAAACCCCUGUUGUGUGUGUUUUAGGUCUCAAAGGAUAUUUGGGGAGAGUAAGAGGCAGAGUUAAGAGUCUGUGACAGGGAACCCCCAAAGGGGACAGAUCUUCUGGAAUGGGUGGGGCUGGGAGCACCGAGUUUCCAAGCCCAUCUGUUUUUUUACAGUUUGUUAAUAAAGCCAGAGACUUCUGCGUGUCUGUCUCCUCUCUGAUUCCUUUUCCAGCUGCUCCCUCCGAACCCCCUGCUUCUGUCUGGCUCCUCCUCUCCACAGUUGACGUUAAUUGCUUGGGAAGGGGCGGUGCAGCAGUGUGCUGGGAGAAGGAGAGGCAGAGGCAGUGAGCUCACAGCGGCUGCCGGGCCCCUGCCAGGCCUUCUGAGUCAUGCUCCCCAUUACCACAUUUUUUCCCCCUCGCAGCUGCCUGGUGUGUGUGCAUGUGCGUGUGCGUGUGUGUGGACACCCCCUCCAGACUGAAGCCUUGACCCCUUGGUCAUCCUACCCUCCAUACCUUUGUUCUGGGAACUAGUAAGUUCAGUCACUCCUUCCUCAGAUAGGGACUAGAAGCUUCCCAUGCAGAUUUAACAGAGUGGGUAUCAAAUGGAGAGAGGUUUUUUGUUUGUUUCUUUGUUUUCAGUUUCUUUUCUUAAUCUAGGAAGUCCCUCCUAGUGUCUGGCUGCAGGCCUUCUUGCUACUGCAGGAUUUCCCCCAAAUCUGUCCACUUCCAGCCACACUUCCUUGGCCAGAUAACAAGAGGAGGCAGGAGGGUGUGCCCUCAGCCUUAUCCCCCCCAGAACCCAGGCAGUCCUGUCCCUUCCCAGAGCUGCCGUCCCCAUAAGCAUCUCUGAGCACGUGGCCCUCUGGAGCCUGGCUGGCCGCCUCGCUCCAGUGUGGGUGUCUGCACUUGAACACCUCCCUUCUGCCUGCCCACCGCCCCCCCCUCAGCCUCAGCUGCAGCCAGCCCCCUCCCCCUCCUGUCCCCUGCUGCCUCCUUGCAGCCGGCUCUCCCUCCUGGCAAAGCCUCAGCCCAGCCUGCUCCUAGCUGUCCAGGGCGCCUCAGCAGCCGGCUUCCCUCCCUCCUUCCCUCCCUGGCUGCCUCCUCCUCCCUUCUCCUACCCUCCUUCCCCCUUCACCCCCAUCCCCUUCCCUGGACUCUGCAAACAUGAGGGUCUUGGCCUGCCUCCUUGCACUACUGGUGGGGACCCAGGCUAUUGAGCGACUACGCCUGGCUGAUGGCCCUCACGGCUGUGCGGGACGCCUGGAGGUCUGGUACAGCGGGCGCUGGGGCACUGUGUGUGAUGACGGAUGGGACCUUCGGGAUGCUGCGGUGGCCUGCCGAGCGUUGGGCUGCGGAGGGGCGCUGGCCGCCCCUGGGGGUGCCUUCUUCGGGGAGGGCACUGGACCUGUGUGGCUCAGUGAGCUGGCCUGUCGGGGCAGUGAGGGACAGCUGGGUAUCUGUCCCCACCGGGGCUGGAAGGCCCAUAUCUGUUCUCACGAGGAGGACGCAGGCGUCGUCUGUGUAGGUCAGCGUGCAGCUAACUCUAGAGAAGAUUCAACAUCCCUACUGGAUCAGGAUCCGUGGCCACCUCUGUCUGGGGAGCUGAGCCCGAGCUCAGAGGAGCCCCCAGUGACUCAUGCUCCCCAACCAGCAGCAAGCUCCCAGAAUGGCCCUCGCAAGAAGAACCCCCGACCACCCAAGCAGGCCAAGUCCACCCGGGCCCCUGUACUGACAAAUGGAGCUUCCCGCCAAGAGCGACUGCGCUUGGUCUCAGGUCCCCACGGAUGCGCUGGCCGCCUGGAAGUCUGGCACGGUGGACGCUGGGGCACUGUGUGUGAUGAUGGAUGGGACCUCCGAGAUGCAGCAGUGGCCUGUCGGGAGCUGGGAUGUGGGGGGGCGCUGGCCGCCCCUGGGGGUGCCAGAUUCGGACCUGGUGCAGGACCCGUGUGGAUGGACGACGUGGGGUGUGGAGGGGGAGAGCAGGCUCUCCGGGACUGUCCCCGGAGCCCCUGGGGCCGGAGCAACUGUGACCACACUGAGGAUGCAGGGCUGGUCUGCACUGGUCCUGCACCCAGGCUGCGACUUGCUGAUGGUCCCCAUGGCUGCGCGGGCCGCCUGGAGGUUUGGCAUGGCGGUCGCUGGGGAUCGGUGUGUGACGAUGCCUGGGAUCUUCGCGAUGCUGCUGUGGCCUGCAGGGAGCUGGGCUGUGGGGGCGCGUUGGCCGCCCCAGGGGGCGCCUUCUUUGGGGAAGGGGCUGGACCCAUUGUCCUGGAUGAUCUCAGAUGUCGGGGGAAUGAGACAGCCUUGCGAUUCUGCCCUUCAAGGUCCUGGGGCCAGCAUGACUGUCACCAUCGGGAGGAUGCUGGGGCUGUGUGUGAUGGCAUGCCGCUAGGCGAUGUGCAGCCCACAGCCCCCACAGUCGACAGCAACACCUCAGCACCCCGGCUUCUGUCUACCUCAGUGAACCAGACCCCAGGGCCAGUAGGCAGUCUGCCUUCUGCCUCUCCCACUGACCCUCCAGAGCCUGGGCCUAAAGCUGGGUCUCCCCAGCUGCGCCUGGUGGCUGGUCCCAGCAGGUGCUCUGGCCGGCUGGAGGUAUGGCAUGAUGGACGCUGGGGGACAGUUUGUGAUGACGGCUGGGACAUGAGAGACUCGGCCGUGGUCUGCCGGGAGCUGGGCUGUGGGGGGCCUCGGCAACCAGACCCUGCAGCAGGCCGCUUCGGUUGGGGCGCGGGCCCCAUCUGGCUGGAUGACGUAGGUUGUGUGGGGACGGAGGCUUCGCUGUCAGAAUGUCCUGCUGCUUCCUGGGGGAAGCACAACUGUGCCCACAAUGAGGAUGUCGGGGUCACCUGCACUGGGACCCCUGGCCUGGAUACUAUCUCAGACCCCUUCAGCUGGAGCUGGCUCCCUGGGCUGGGGAGAGAUCAGGAUGCCUGGCUUCCAGGAGAGCUGGCCACCAAGCCCUCUGCUGAUCUCACCUCCAGUGUGCUAGAGAAGACCACAAAGGCUCCAGGGAAAGCGCCCAAGAGCACUAAGAAGUGGGUGACUAAAAACGCAAAGCGGCCAACCACUCCGCCCCCUGGGAUGCCAACCACUAGACGCUCCAGGGUCCCAGGCACCCCAAGCACCCUAAAUAUAACCCCACGUACCUCCAAGUUACCUAAAAGACUGACCACUGAGGCUCCCCACAGACAGAUGUCACAUACCCCUGUAAAACUGACCCCCAGGGUCCCCUGGGAGUGGACCUCAGAGACUGUAACAUCACUGUACACUCAAGACCCCCAAGAAGUGACCUCUGAGGCCACCAUCACACAGACCCCUCAAGCCUCCUUGGAGCCAUCUGGUGAGAUGGAGUCCUCCCGAUAUCCAGCCCCCACCCCAUCUGCUGGAGUCCCUACGCCAUCAGGUCCCUUCCGGGUUCGUCUGGCUGAUGGGCCUAACAGGUGUGCUGGCCGGCUAGAGGUGUGGCAUGCUGGACAGUGGGGCACGGUCUGUGAUGACAGCUGGGACCUUCGGGAUGCCACAGUGGCCUGCUGGGAACUGGGCUGUGGAAAGGUCCGGCCCCGAGUAGGCAAAACCCACUAUGGUCCUGGGACCGGGCCCAUCUGGUUGGAUGACAUGGGCUGUAAGGGGAGUGAGACCUCACUGAGCGACUGCCCCUCGGGGACGUGGGGGACCUCAGAUAGCGGAAGGAGACACAUGCUACCUAGUCUCUCCCCAGGGUACACAGGUGACGAUGAUUAUCCCUCCUGGACUUGGGACCCCACUUCAGGAGAGGACCUGACCAAAGGAACCACUACGGCAGCACGGCCUGGACGGACUCUUUCCUGGGCGGCUACCACUAGGAACCCGGAAGUCCCCUCUUCAGGAACACAGAGGCGGCCAGACACAGAUGGCCAGGGCGGUUAUGAAGUCUCCUGGACGUGGGAUACACCUUCACGGAGGGGUCUGUCUCGAGGGACCCCCACCACCACUAAACCCCGACCUACUGUCACCAGCGCCACCGGCAAGAGUCCAGGCCACCCCUUUCCAGCUCCGAGGGCCCGUGCAGGCACAGGUUCCCCAAGGAAGCCAAAACCGGAGCGCCGGCUGCUGCUACCAACCCCAGCCAGGACAGCACCCACCACCUUAUCCCCAGCUUCUUCCACCUCCCCAGCGCCUUCUGGCUCACCGCUGACCUCUGGCUCCGGGCCACAGCUCAUCCCAGACUCAGCCACAGAGCCGGAGAGGACCACAGGCCCUCCCCAAACAUCUCCACCCACUCCGGGACUGUCCUCUUUGACAGCCUCUGACUCUACUUUGUCCACUUCUGAUGCCAGUUUGCUUCCCACUGGGAUCCCACAGCACUCCCAGAGCCCAACAUCCACCUCCCUUAAAGGACUAACCUCUGACUCCUCCACGCUACCAGAAGGGACCAGCCUUUCCCCUACCUCAGAACUGACCCCAGGAUUCAACACAACCCCAGGCUUGGGUGCAACACCCAAAAUAGUCCCAGAAAGUUCUGACUUCUCAGGCAUCCCCAUGAGCCCCAGGACCCCCACACAGCCUUCCACUGUCCCUCACCCCACCCCAGCCACUCACCCUACCACCACCCCUCACCCGACCACCACCCCUCAACACACCACUUCUUACCCUACCAUGACCCCUGAACACACCACAGACCCUCAGCUUCCCAAGGCCCUUCACCCCACCACAACGCCUCAACCUCCCACCAACCCUCAUACUUCCUUAACCGCUGCCACCCCUACAAAGUCCCUUCCAUCUUCCCCUGAGACGGGGUUUCCCUCUCUCACUCUGGAGCCAAGGGUCAAGCCUAGCCUACACCCGGAACUGACCUUUGAGGAAGCCCCUCCCACAAGCACAUCCGGAAAGCAGAACCUGGAGCCCUCUCCAGCCUCGGAGUCUGACCCCUCCAGGCAUUCUCCGGCUCCAAGCAUGGACCCACAGUCCACGGAGGUCUUUAAACCGCCCAGAAGCCAGAGUCCUAAAUUAACCUCUCCACCUCUCCAGACCUCACACUCACCUCCAGACCCCACUGUGACCUCCGACCUUCACCUCUCCUCUAUGGCCCACCCGUUGGACCAACCUCCCCGUGACCGCUUCACUCAAGGGCCAAGCCCUAAUCACAACCCAGAAGCCCUUGGACCGUGUCUGUCCCCGGUGCCCCCUGUAAGGGUCAUGGCUUGUGAGCCACCCGCUUUGGUGGAGCUGGUGGCUGCUGUGAGGGAGGUGGGUGACCAGCUGCAGAGGCUGACUCGGGUCCUGGAACAAGACCGGCAGGAACGUCAAGUCCUGGGGCUGGGCCUAGUCCGGUUGGUAGAGGCUGCCCAGGGCCUGGGGCAGCUGAGCGAGACUUUAAAGAGACUGGCAGAGGUGGCCUGGCCUCCCAGCACCCCUGUGCCCACCACCACCACCACCGAGGAGGAGAGGCCUCUGAGGGGAGAUGUGUGACUCUUUCUGAAAUUCAGGGUGCUUAAGAUGCUCUCAGACAAAAGAAAA